AUGACAACACCUACAGAAAUAUUCAAUGAAACAGACAAUAUAUUCACCCACAAAGAUAGUUUCAUGGUAACUGAAAUAUCAGUAACAACACCGAAAGAACGAACAACUACUGAACUCUACACUGUAGCACAGGAGGAAAUGAUAACACCUACAGAAAGAUUCAAUGAAACGGAAGAAGAGUUGACAUCCAAAAAACCGACAACUACUGAGGUCUACACUGUAGCACAGCAGGAAAUGACAACACCAAGACAAAGAUUCAAUAGAACAACAGAGGAGUUGACACCAAGAAAAGGUUUCACUGUGACUGAAAAAUCAGUAACAACGGAAGCAUCAACGACUACUGACCUUUACACUGUAAAAAAGCAGGAAGUGGUAACACCAAGACAAAGAUUCGGUGAAACAGAAGACGACAUCACACACAAAGAAAGUUUCACGGAGGAAAUGAUAACACCCAGACAAAGAUUAAAUAGAACAACAGAGAAGUUGACGCCCAGAGAAGGUUUCACUGUGACUGAGAAAUCAGUAACAACGGAAGCAUCAACGACUACUGACCCUUACACUGUAACUCUGGGGAAAGUAACAACACCAAGACCAAGAUUCGGUGAAACAGAAGACGACUUCAUCCACAGAGAAGAUUUCAAUCUAACUGAAAAAUCAAUAACAAAGGAAGCAUCAACGACUACUGACCUUUACACUGUAACACAGCAGGAAGUGGUAACACCAAAACAAAGAUUCGGUGAAACAGAAGACGACUUCACACACGAAGUACGUUUCACGGUAACUGAAAAAACUGUAACAACACCAAAAGAACUAACAACUACUGAGCUCUACACUGUAGCACAGGAGGAAAUGACAACACCUACAGAAAGAUUCAAUGAAACGGAAGAAGAGUUGACAUCCAAAAAACCGACAACUACUGAGGUCUACACUGUAGCACAGCAGGAAGUGACAACACCAAGACAAAGAUUCAAUAGAACAACAGAAGAGUUGACACCCAGAGAAGGUUUCACUGUGACUGAAAAAUCAGUAACAACGGAAGCAUCAACGACUAUUGACCUUUACACUGUAACACAGCAGGAAGUGGUAACACCAAAACAAAGAUUCGGUGAAACAGAAGACGACUUCACACACAAAGAUAGUUUCACGGUAACUGAAAUAUCAGUAACAACACCGAAAGAACGAACAACUACUGAGCUCUACACCGUAGCACAGGAGGAAAUGACAACACCCAGACAAAGAUUCAAUGAAACAGAAGAAGAGUUGACACCCAGAAAAGGUUUCACUGUGACUGAGAAAUCAGUAACAACGGAAUCAUCAACGACUACUGACCUUUACACU